GCCGUCCACGUUCGCAAACGCGUUUCGUGCCCCCCGGGACAGAACCGAGAAAUACACCAAAAAAAAGAAAAAGGAGGAAAUGGAAGCGGGUCUCGCACAGGUUUUCGGAGGCUGACGACACGCCCGAACCCGCUCCCCCCCCUGCUCCCGCCGGGCGUGCGGCGGCCCGCCGUGUGUGUGUGUGAGAGAGACGCGUGUCUGGGGCGCUGCGACCGUGUCCGUCUUUAAAGUUUAAAAUGCCGGUGUCCGCAACGGUCCCGAGAGCGCUGGCUGACAUCUUUGAGACCCCCAGCGACGAGGAGGACUUCGAGGGCUUCCGGGGGUCCCUGCCGAGGGACGCCGCCUGCUCCGAGGCCAGCAGGGACAGCCUCCGGGCGGCCCUGCGGUUCCGGUCCAAGUACAUCACCGAGGAGCUGGCGAAGAUCUUCGCGGAGGACACCGACCCCGAGGAGGAGGAGUUUGAGGGCUUCACGGAGGCGGAGCUGGAGCUCAACCACAGGAUGAAGUCCAUGUCCAUGGACUCCACCGAGGACAGCGAGGAAGAGGAGGAGGAGGAGGAGGAGGGAUUCUGCUCCGAGGGCGAGGCGGAGGCGGAGGCCCCGGCGAGGAGGAGGAGUUCCGGCCUCUGCGUGGCCUUCCGCUUCCCCGUGAAGAAGAGCCGCCCCGGCCGGAAGCCGGCAGAGGGGCGGGGGCGCCGGGACCGGGCUGCGUCGGGCUCCGAGUCCGAGGACGAGGGGGGCCCCGCCGGGGCCCAGCCCAGCGCCUUGCAGAGACGGGCCAAGAACAUCAAAGAGAACAAAGAGAUGCUGGCCAAGCUGCUGGCGGAGCUGAACGCGAUGCCUGACCUGUUCCCGGUGAAGACGCCCACGAAAAAAAGGAAGUCUCCGAAGAAGCCGUGCUCGGAGGCGCCCAGCGGCCGGAGGAACCCCUCCCGCAGCGCGCGCCCCCCCGAGCACUUCGGGAUCGAGCGCCUCCCCGUGUCCCCGAGCAAGAUCCUGGAGCAGCUGCGGGGCGCCAGCCGGGGGGCCGGCCUGCGGAAGAGGCUGCUGGAGGUGAGCGAGGAGCCGGAGCACAGCGGUGGCGCCCCCCGGCGGCGGUCUUCCAAGCACGGCGAGGCCCGCCCCGUGGAGGACAUCACGGAGGAGGAGCUGGAGAACGUGGCUUACUCCAGCAAGGACAAAGUCUACGACAAAGAGCACGGCAGCACCUGCCACCAGUGCAGGCAGAAGACGCUGGACACCAAGACCGUCUGCAGGAACCCGAACUGCUGGGGCGUGAGGGGGCAGUUCUGCGGGCCGUGCCUGCGCAACCGCUACGGGGAGGACGUGCGCAGCGCACUGCGGGACCCGCUCUGGGUGUGUCCUCCCUGCCGGGGGAUCUGCAACUGCAGCUUCUGUCGCAAGAGGGAUGGGCGCUGUGCCACGGGCAUCCUGAUCCACAUGGCCAAGUUCUACGGGCACAACAACGUGAGGGAGUACCUGGAGAGUCUUCAGAAACACCUGACAGAUGAAAACUGACGAUUCUGAAGCACAAGUGGGUGUGACCGGGAUGCCACAGCCCAGCAGACUGCUCCACCUGCUGCUCUUGCCUGGCGCCGACUGUCGGAGCAGCGUUCCGUUAGACACAGACAGUCAGCUGCUCUGAGCGUUUCUUUCAAGAGUUCGUUUGCUUUUUUCCCAUGUAUAGAAAGAACAAACAGUAGGAUUCCAAUAAAUUAGCAUUUAAAAGCCCAGCAGAUGCUAUCAAACAGUAGGCAAGUUGUGAAUUGAUUCUUGUUUUAUAUACUGUAUCUGUGAAUAGAGCCAAGAGCCUAUUGCACUUUUAUUUUGUUUGGCAAAUGUAUGACCAGAUUCCUGUUAUUUCCCUCUGACUUUUGCACUUUAAAACUAUAAUGCUUCAAGGCUGCGUUUUCCUCCUACUAGGACUGCUAAGUGCUCAAAUUUGUUAUGGAACAAGUAAUAGGUUUAUUCCAUGCUGAAAAGAGAACACAACGUUUCGGCUGUGGAGCCUUCUUCAGGUGG